ACGCGCUACAGUUACUUUGUGUGAUCAAACAAGGACUCUCUAGUGGAAUUUAUUUUGGCUGAUUUAAGUUUUGAAGGAUUAAUUAGUGUGAUUUAGUGAAACAAGUGAAAUUGUGGGGAGUGAAAUUUUCAACAAACCUUGUGAGACAUUUCUGCAGAUGCAAAAAUGACUGUUGAAGCGCUUAAGCCAUUUCUGAGUGCGAGUCCCAAUUCGGGACUUGUCAGUUUACCACCGGAAUGUUCCAAGAAAAAAUCCGUGAAGAACUUUGUGCUUAUCUGUGGUUCGGCAAUUUUGCUGGUGCUCACCGUUGCAGUUCUCGGAUUGGAGAUUUGGAACAUUAACCGGAUUGCCGAUUUGCAGCGGGAAGUUGACGGCUUGCGACAGCAGAUGCACGAACUCCGUCAGCUGAGACUGGAGGAAGGUAUCGAGGACUUCAACGACUUCGAACAGGCGUACGACACCAACGACAUCCACCGGCAUUCGGACGAAUACGAGGAAGAGGAAGAAGAGCUGGACGCUGACGUAGAGGAGGAAGAAGAGGGCAGCACCGUAUUCGGGGAACCGGACUUCAAUGUCGACGACAUGGAGACGGAAAUCAGCGUCACGGCAUCGGCAACCAACUCGAUGCUGUCCUCCUCCUCGAUCGAUGGCAAACGGCGAGCUCGGUCGAUAACCGGAAUCACCUAUCAGGGCGUUCCCAUUAUGGAGGAAUCCUACAUGAGUCGAAAUCGAACCCGGCAUCAUCAGCAGCUGGACCAGCAACAGCAGGAGUUGGCCCGGCAUCAGCCCUAUCACCAUCCCAGGCGUGCUCAGUUCCAGCAGAUGCGCCAGAGGCCGGAAGAAACUGCCUCGGCACCCCCGCAACUGAAACUCAAGUGGGAUGAUGAUGGCAGGGAAAUUCCUACACAUCACCAGCAACAAUUGGACAACAACGAUGCCGGCCGAAAUUCCGCGCGAAGGCAUCAUCAAACCGUCCAUCAUCGAGCAACAACUACCGAAUCGAGCGGCCACCAGCAGCAUCAGCACCAGUCCGUCCCAUCUCCCUCGGCCAUUCCGUCCUACGUGCGGAGGAAUGAAUUUGCCAGAAGCUCCGGAAAACUCAUGGAAACGACCAGACCGAAUCAGGUUGGCCCGGAUUACACGACCAAAUCCCCGGGACCGACCCACGAUCGCCGCAGCCGGGUCAUGCUGACCAAUGCCGGUGAAAAUAAGUACCAGAAAGUUAUCAAGAAUCCGGGAACGUACAUGGAAUCCCGGCAACCACCGGUACAGCGCGUGGGCCGUCUGGUGCGCAAAUCGGCUGCCCUACCCCGGGUCACGGCGCUGCAUCUGGCCAAGUACCAUCAUCACUACCCAAACAACGUGAGGGCCACCAACCAUGCCACCUGGCACUGGCACCCGGUCGAUACGGCCAACAUGGAAGCGCUGCGAUCCGGCGUCUUCAAGCUAACCCACAACGGAUCGCUCAUUGUCAAUGAUACCGGAUUGUUCUUCGUUUAUGCUCAGAUUACCUACAACGAUCAGAAUCCAACGAGUGGUUUCAACAUUUUGGUUAACGGAAAGAAGCACGUGUCCUGUUCGAUCCACGGCCCUCAGGGCAAGAAAACUAACGCAUGUUAUACGGCGGCACUGAUCGAUCUGGAAAAUGGAUCCACGCUUGAGAUCCGGGACAUGGACGAAAAUCGGAUCCAUCUGCCCUACCAGGAGAAAACCUUCUUCGGGUUGUACAAACUCGGUAGAAGACCGGUGGUCGCGAGUAAUACUUAAGAAGAGAAUUUAUGGACAAUCUUUUGAGCUAUCAAAAACAAGUAUAAAAAAUCACAGUAAUUAUUUGUACAUAGAUUCUAGCGACUAAGUGAUUACAGAAAAAAAACCAAUGGCUUGUCUUGUCCUGUUAUUUAUAUUAUUAUUUUUAACCUAAUUGAAAACAAGAGUAGGAUGUACUGAAUGUGUUAUGAAGUCCCUGUUGUCGUGAUAUAUAUUUAUACGAGUGAAAAGUGAACAUUGAACCGAAUAAAAGUCAUUUUAAUUGUUCCCUUUCUAUAAA